AUGAUUCAGAAGGACAACAUUCGCCUUGAGCUGGCCAAGUUCGGCCAGGAACACCUGCUCAACUUCUUCGAUGAGCUGAGCAAUGAGGAGAAAGAGCACCUUCUGCAGGACAUUGCCAACGUCGACCUGGCCGAGGUGACGGGAGCGUUCGCUCGUUCCAACCCCAAGAAUGAAAGUGUCGCCGCUGCGGAGACCAUCGACGACCUGCUGGAGCCACUGCAUCCGGAUAUCCACCAGAGCUAUGCUCGCACUUCCCCAAAAGAGUUGCAGCAGUAUCGCAGCAUCGGACUUAAGAAGAUUUCCGAGGGCAAAGUUGCUGCAUUGCUGCUGGCCGGCGGCCAGGGCACCCGCCUGGGCUCUCCCAAUCCAAAGGGAAUGUACGACGUCGGCUUGCCCUCUCACAAGACGCUCUUUCAAAUUCAGGCUGAACGCAUCCUCAGGUUGCAGGAG